AAGAUAAAAUAAAGCUAAUGAAAGGUGUAGAUUUUGGUAGCCACGGUGGCUACUAAAAAAGUAAUAAUCACCCUAACUCAUCCCCUAUCUAAUCUCAUUAGUAUGGUGUACGACCCAUUGAUCGGAAUCUAAUUUAAAUACAACAUACAUAUUUACUCUCUGUGUAUCCUAGACUUUUCCAAUUAUUUGAAAUGUUUAAUUUCGUAUGAUUUUACGGAAACUGAAUGUUAAUGAUGAAAUUUUGUCAGCACGUACCGUUGGCCCAGCGACCAACUAUACAUAGUUAUUCUCAUUUAAUGGCAGGUGGGCAUUUAGGGCGAUGCAGCUUAAAUAUUUGCUCUAAUGCAAGAACGUGAACUCCACAAUCAAAUAUUUUGUAGAUUAGAAAUAUACUAAAAAUUUGUUACUAUAAUUAGUUAUGAUCAAGGUUGUCACCCAAUUUAAAUUGUUGACUCGUUCAAGCAUAUGAGUUAAGUGUUCAUUAAUAGUUUUCUUUUAAACUUUUUUCUUCCUUUUAAAAAUGAUGCUUUAAUUCUUGAUAUUUUCCCUCUUUAGUUUUCUUUCCUUAUUUCCAUUGUUGGAUCUCAUAUUGGAUAAUUAGUUGGCCGUCGUUCUUGCUAGCUAACAAGCUAGGUAAUAGACUAUUCGAGAUCCGGCCGGCUGCAUAACAAGGACAUAAGUAAAAAUAGGCAUGCCAAAUAUGGCCUUAAAAAGGAUAUCUCAUCUUAAUUUGAAUCAAAGUCACAUCAAACAAAGACAAAGUUCAUAAUAGGAUAUGUCCAUAUAGCUCAGUUUUGCCGUUUAAUUUCGAGAUUAAGGCUGGCUUUACUUAAUAAAGACAGAAAGAAAAAAACAGGCGGGCUUUACUUAAUAAAGACAUCGUCUAUUACCUAGCUUGUUAGCUAGCAAGAACGACGGCCAACUAAUUAUCCAAUAUGAGAUCCAACAAUGCAAAUAAGGAAAGAAAACUAACAAGUAAAAACAAAAGGAAAAAUAAAGAGGGAAGAUAUCAAGAAUUAAAGCAUCAUUUUCAAAAGGAAGAAUAAAGUUUUAAGAAAAACUAUUAAUAACUGCAAUUUAUUUUCAAUAAAUGAAUGGAUAAAUAUAACACCGUCAUUGGCUAUACCUAGCUAGUUGAUCCAAUUCGUUAAUUAACACUUAACUCAUAUGCUUGAACGAGUCAACAGUUUAAAUUGGGCGACAACCUUGAUCAUAACUAAUUCUAGUAACAGAUUUCUAGUAUAUUUCUAAUCUACAAAAUAUUUGAUUGUGCAGUUCGCGCGCUCUUGCAUUAGAGCACAAAAAUGUGAAUUUGGAGAAACAUGAAAAAUAUUCGUGAAAUAUUAUAUGUUGGUAUGAUUAUUAUGAAACGCUACACACUCACAUUCUUCUUCAGGUUGAGUUGGAUGGGUGCGGUUGGGGUGGUGGUUUAACCGGCAAAAGCAAAAAAAGUUGGUCCAGUCCCGCAUACCAAGUAUAAAAAUGGGGGGUCGUCUGGAUUCGAACAGAAGACCUCUCGUUCAUAUAAAACUUCGAUACCAUAUUGAGAAUAAGUUUUUUCCCAAAUACUCGAAUUGUUGAGAGAAGUUCCGUAUUAAUAAAUCUUAUUAUGCCAGGUAAUAACGGCAUAUAACUCGUGUCUAUAAAUACCGCUUGGGGAGAGCUUAAUUAGACACACACACAGAGACCAAACAACGCAGAGAAAUAUAGUUAUUGACUUAUUGUUCACUACUACAACAAUGGCUUCCUUGUCCACUUUCACCAUUACCACCUUCCCUCCCACUCCCACCACUGGCCGGAGAACCACCGUUGCCGGCUUCGGCGGCGACCGUGCUACUUUCCCGCAGCCACCCAAGAUCGUCUCCCGCCGCAGUGACACGUCAAAUUAUUACUUGGAGGUCGAAACCCCAUCCGCCGCCGCCGCCGCCUUCCCUUCUCCGCUUUCGGGUGGAACCUUUGGUUCGACCGGUAGCCGGAACUUCCUUCUUCCGCCAGGCUUCGGCAAGGAGGCUGAAACGACUGUUGAUCCGACCAACGGAAAUAACGACAACUACUCCUUUCUUCCUAUCUUGGGCAACAAGGCAGCUGAAGCCGUUGAUCCGACCAAUGGAAAUGGCGACAACUUCUUUAAUCCUUUUCUUUACUUUCUCUUCGGCAAGAAGGCUGAAACUACUGUUGAUCCGACCAACGGAAAUAACGACAACUACUUCUUUCUUCCUAUCUUGUGCAACAAGGCAGCUGAAACCGUUGAUCCGACCAAUGGAAAUGGCGACAACUUCCUUAAUCCUUUUUCUUACUUUCUCUUCGGCAAGAAAGGCUGAGGCCGUGGACAAGGCUGAAACCUGAGAGCUUGCCUUGCCAAGACAGACAGGCACAAAAGUCUUAAUCAGUCGAUGUCUGCGUUUUUCUUCCUGUUUAUGUUUUCUCUAAAGUUAUUUCCUUAAUGGGAAUAACAUAAAAUAAGUAAGUGGAGCUGUCUUUCCUUUAAUUAAUUUGUGGUUGUCUGUCUGAAUGGCUUUCUGUUGUAUUAUUAUUAUUAUUAUUAAUUUUUUUCACGCCGGUUGGAGAGGCUUGGAGCAUUAUUUCUAAUAUAUCUAUCCUCCUUCCAGUACUUCGCUUGCUUUUCAUUUUCUUGUUGGUUUUCCAAAUUGUUUAUUACUAAAGAUUAUUAAUAGUAUAAAGCGGAAGCAUAACAAAUAAAGUUCUCAAAAAAUCUAGUGGGUAGUCCAGAUAUAAUUUGGGCCCUCACUCCCCCUUAACUAUAGCAAAGUUAAGUCUAGUAAAAAUGUAAGCGGCUGCCAGAACCCCUGCGAUACGGAGAAUUUCUGGAUCCGCUUGAGCAAAGCAACGACAUCCGUAUCCAACUCUCUCGGCGAAGAAAAAGAAAAGGGCAGGAAACCGUAACCAACCGUCAUGCACAAAUUCCGCUACUUGGCACACUUUCGCUGAACAGCGUCAGAAACAACUCGGCCAGGCACAAAACCAGUCAUCCCAGACUGAGUCAGAGGUGAAGACAGGGGCAGAGCCAUGGGGUAUUGGGGGUGUCCCGAGACACUCCUAAUUUUUGGGAUAACAAUUAUCCAACCCCCGGUAGUAGUUUUCGUGUGGAUAAACGAUAUAAGUGGUAGACUAGGUGAGUUAAAUUAGGAUACUAAGAUUAUUAGUAAACAUAUUUUUCAUUAGACCACAACUCAUUUGUUCUUGUAUUUUAAACACUAGUUUAAUAGUAAAUAUGAUAUUCAUUCUCCCAAUUAUUUUGAAAAUCUAACAAUUGAACCUGAUUACGGGUUAUCCUUAUUCCCUCCAUUCUAUCAUAUCCAUUGGUUUACUUGCUUCUCAAAGUAAUUGAUUUUACCGAUUGCAACUGCAGGUGUUGAAAUAACAUAUUUAGUUUUGGGAAACUUUAAGAACAAGUUUCGAAAUUGAUUAAAUGAUAAGUUUGUGAAUGAUUGUAUAGUAAGAUGGAGAUAUUGGUUGAGUCGUCCAGACACUGACUAUAUUUUGUAACAUGCCGUAGACUUUUGUUGUAACUUGUAUUAGUUAUAUAUUUUCUAAUUUAAAAUUAUUUAAUUAUUUAUUUAAUUUUUUAAAGAGGACACCCCGAUAUAAAUUUCCUGGCUCCGCCACUGGAUGAAGACCCAGACAAAUUGAUACACACAUCUCGCCCCCUAUCCCAGGAAUAAAGCAGCAAAUCCGCAGGACGAAGGGGUCUUCCAUGCCCAUCAACCAAACCGAUAUCAACCUCCCUACCAGCGAAAAUCUCAGACAAGUAACAGAUUUCCAAUAAAGUGUCACGAACGAGGUUGUGCCAUAAAAUACCUUACCCCUGUAACAAAUUGUAGCACAUAAC